AUGGCUACUUCAGCCACCGCAUCCGGCGGAGCACCGAAGCUCAGGCACACCUCCAACGCCGCAACCCACCGCCGUUUAAACCCAACGAAGAAGCACAUGGGUUCCACUAAAUUCCUCGUUAACUUCACAAAUCACUCUCCAGUGUCAAGCCUACAACGUCCAUUCACAGUUCUAGCCUCCAACAAUUCCCAACCACAAGACCAAGAUUCGUCCUCUCAGGAAGAUGUCAACUAUUUGUGGAAAAUAGGAGCUGGUUCUUUUGUGGGUGCAGCUGUUAUAAAAUAUGGAAGCAUCCUAUUCCCAGACAUUACCAGACCCAACAUCAUCCAGGCUCUCAUUAUGGUUUCAACUCCAUGUAUUAUAGCUGUCUGGAUUUUGAUCAAGCAGAGUCGUGUAGAACAAUAA